UUUCAGUUCCAUUGCCUGCCUCCCCAACACUGCCUCCAAUAGUCCACUGAUAUGUUUUCAGGAGGCCUUUGCCCUGCCCUUUUGCUUUUAUCUGGUUUGCUGUUCUCCCUUAGUCUGCUCUGUCUUCCUCCCAUACCUCAGUGUUGCCCUGAGUUGGUUGGACUCGACACCCUGUCUCCCCGUCUCAGCUCUGCUGGCAGCCCUCUUUGUAGUCUCUCUCCUGAUGCUGGUGAUGGCUCUCCAGCUGUUCUGCUGCCUGAGGCUCCAUCCUUGCACUGGAAGUUUUUCAGAUAGGGAAAGGCUUUGUAAUCUCCAGCUCUAGGGACAGUUAGAAACGCCCUGGCCAGAUUCAGGACACUGAGGGUCAGCGCAGAGUUGCUGACCCUUGUGAGAACAUCUCAGGGCUGUUGGAGUAGUCUGGGUCUGGUAGCCCACCCAGCACCUCCCUGCCCACCAGCCUUCUACCUCACCUGCCUCUUCUGCGUUGUGCUUUUACCUCUUUAGCCAGGGAGGAGCUGUCACCAUGGUGACAAGGCACCUGGGCCUAAAGAGUGGGUACCAUGGAGGGAAGUGGCUGAACCCCAGGGACAUUCAGGUCGAGUGGGGUUUGCAGGCUGUGCCAUCUACAGCUGCUCUGAGUCCCUUCCAGGCCUGAUCUCACCCUUAACCCUCUGACUUGACCGUCCCAAUUUUACUCAUCAAGGCUUCCAGCUUGGGAGGUGCAGCCCCAAUAGAUGUGAGAUGGAGGGAUAAGCAGAAAAAGGGCUUUGGCUUCAGCAGGGAACCAAGGGCAGAGUUGGGGGGAAGGGUAGAAUCUGCCCCCUGAAGAUGGCCCCUGCGAUGUGUAGGGGGCUUGCGUCUCGGAUGGAGCAAACGGUUGCAGAAGUCUCUGCCGUGAUGCCUCAGGUGGGCAGGGUACUGUCCUCAUCCGCCUCACCUCUCUUUCCUGGGGUCAGUCAUCUCCAGGGCAACCCAGGGAAGGAGCAUUUCUGAGAUCAGAGGAGGGGAGCCCGCACCCUGGCAGCUACCCAAUACUUAGCGCCCAGGUUGCCUGAACGCCCCUGGUUAGGGAUGCUGGCUUUUUGGUGGGGAGGAAGGGAUGGUGCCGACCCUGUGCAAUGACCAGUGAGGUCUGGCAGGCAUAGGACUGAGAGCAAGAGAACAAAGCUUUGUACAAUGAAGCUCAGAUGUCAGGGGGGCAGUGAAGGAAGUGGGAGUGCCAAAAGGGGAACUGCCAGUGACACUCUCUGUAGCUUGGCAUUUUUUUUUCCCAGGGACUGACUCUGCUUUCUCUACCUCUGGCCAUCUCCCCUCUGUUAUUUACCCAUUAUCUCAAAGUCCUCCUGACCUCUGCUCCCCUGACAGCCAUCCUAACUUUCUCCAGAGUGGUCUCCUCUCCAGGUGAAACCCACUCCCGAUCCUACUCCUCUCUCCACCUUUCUGUGUUACACCCAAGCCCACCCCUGCUCUCCUCUUCCUGUGCUCAGUCACCUCCUCCAUCUCCACUGUCCCCUUAUCCCACAUCUGGCUCCUCUCGGAUUUGGUUGGAGGGCCAGGGUUUUCCUUGAGGGUCUUAAUUGAUUUCUUCCUAGGUGAGGCCAACACUCCACCAAAAUCCACCUGCUUUUCUGCAGGGCUUCUCUACCCCCUCUGCCCCCCUGCCGUGCCCAGGGAAAGGGUACCACUUGGUCCCAGCUCCUGUUGUUUGUCAUAGAGUUAAUGUUUAGCCCAAGGCCAGUUCCCUCUCCUCAGGCUGGACGCUACCUGCUGCCCUGCUCUGCCCAGCCCUUGUGAGGGGGCGUAGGAGAUAAAGGCUGGGCACACCGAGACUCAUCUGCAGGGGUUAUCUCUCUGGAUGUAUCAGCCCCUGCCUCACCCCAGUGCAGCCCGAACAGUCAUCCCCUCAUUUGACCUGCAGAAAUAUUCAGAUGUUUUCUGGGAAUUACGCUAAGGAUUCAGCCCUCAUGGGCCUAUGUACCACCUAGAUCUUGGGGUCUGGUGUGGCCCAGGAGAGAGGCAUUCUGGUCACCCUGGAAAAUGGAAUUGCUGAGUGUUCCUACCACCCCUAGGAUAGGGCUGACACACAUGGGGCAGAGAGAAGCUCACGUGUGUGGUGGGGAAAGUGUUGGCAGGGACUGGGCACCAAAAAACCAAGCACAUAGGACUGAGGAUCUGUGUGGGUGUGUGCACAUAAUACGCUAUGUAAAUAGGAACAGUUUUAGAGGUGUAUAAGGAAUGUAUUCGUUUGGUAAAUAGUUUUUGAACAGCUGACGUUUGAAACACAUCAUGCCCAGUGCUAUAGAAGAUAUAAAGCUAUUUGGGGCCCAGAUUCUUCCUGGAGAAGAUGGUGGUCUGAGGGAUUAAUUACCCUGCAUGAUAUGGAUGGAGGUGGUGGCUGUGUCCAGGGUGUGUACACUGAGAGAGGGGCACAGGAGUUUGUGGAAAGAUUCAGACUCUCCUCUACUUUCUCCAACACUGCUUAACCAGGAGGUCCCAGGUUCCUCUGAAUCAAAAUCUUUGGGUUUGGGAGUCAAGAAUCUACAUUUUUAAUGCAUUCAUUAGGUCGUUUUUAAGUAUGCUAAAGUCUGAGUGCUACUGCAUCCAAUUGCUGAGACGCCUAGGACAAAGGCACCAUUUAUCAUCAUGUGCAGGCUUGAGACCCUCCUGGCAAGAGGGUGAGGGAAGUGCCCCGUUUGUUUCAAAGGUGUCCCUUUCCUGAGAGUCCAAGUCUUCCCAGCCCCAGUGCUGUCUAACCCCUGCCCGCUGCGUCUCUAUCCAGAGCCUUCUUGCCCCCGUUGGCCUGGCUCCCAUUCUUCUCCUGGAGGUCCUGCUUCCCUGCAUUUGGUUGUCCCCUUUUGACCUGAGGCCAAAUUCCCUGGCCCUCAAGGUCUGAGGAGCUGCCUGGGAGUCCUCUUGGCUUUGAGUCCUCUCCUGCUAGUGCUAGAGGCAGGGCAGGGUCCCUGCAAAGGAAGGAGAUGCCUCAGACAGACCCUGGAGCUGUUGACCUCAGCUUCUCCAGGCGAUCUGCCCAACUUCUCCCCAGCAGCAUGUCUGAAAUGAGAUGCAUUAAACUUGCAGUUUCCUGAUGCUGCUGCUGUUGGGAGAUCGGUGGACGGAUGGGUCAGUGACAGGAGAGUGUGUCUCCAAGAAGGCUCUGGCUGUUUGAGUCAAAUUUCAGAUUUCGUUGUAACAGCCAUGCCUCUGGCACCACCUCCUCCCCCACCCCCCCUUGGAGCCCUGGCCAGCUACUUGCCACUGCAGGAAACAUCUGCUGGGGAGGCCAGGCUAGGCUGGGGGUUACUGGAGGACGUUGGCCAGCGCCAUCACCCGGAUCCUGUAACUUGAGGCAUGUGUAGGGCUUCGGCCCUGUCCACCCACCCGCCCUCCCUCCCUCCCUCCCCACCCCCUUUCCUCCUGCCACAGACGAAUCUAACAAAGAAGUUGUUUGCUGGUCAGCCAAGAGGAACACGGUCUGGGAGGAAAGGGGUGUGUGUAGGGGUGGGGGUGAGAGCAGGUCCCGUUGCCUCAGCCAGUGGUGGCUGCUCUGCCUGGGUGAGGGCCAUGAGUCAUAGCAGCCAGCGCCCGCCCAGAGUAGAGAUUGUACAUUGAACGGGCUGCCUUAUGGGACAGGCCAGAUAGAGCUGGGGAGCUGGGCAUUUGUUCUCUCCCUGGACUUUCAGACCAACUAUGAGCCAUUCUGCUGUGUGUGAGUAACUGGUGGGGUGGACCUCUGGACCUGGCUGUGGGGUCAUCCUCUUCCUGCACAGUCUACCUGUCCUCCAGGGGCCUGCCAUUCAGAGCCCUCAGCUGGCCCUGUGCACCUGUUGUGUCGGCUGUGUCCUCUGGUCUCAGGUAGCCUCUUGGAGUGGCGGUCCACACUGACCAGGAGGAGGGGCUUCAUCACGUCCCCUCCGGAUCACCCUCAGCCUGAAGACUGGCCGCACUGUGGGAGCUGAGUGAGACAAAGCAGAACCUGGCCAUGGGAGACUCGCUGGCCAGCCUGUCCUGAGAACCACACUGACCACGUCCUCCCACUUGUGAAGUUUCACUCUGGCAACAGAGUUCUAGGAGAGACAAGGAAGCCAAUCAGGGUCACGUAGACCCUGUGCCAAGAAGCCAGAGGUUGCCCAUCUGUGUUCAGCCCUGGUGAGACUGACUGUUUUCAUCCUGUGGUGACAGUAGGGAGUCAAAGCUCAAGGAGCUGGGCUCCUUUGGGAGGUGGAGCUGUGGGAGCAAUGGAAUCUUUGACAGAAUCUGGGGUCCUCUGGAGCCUCCUGCUGGAGCAGGACAGCCAGCCUUUGCAGUGGUUCCUGAAGAAGCUGACGGAUGUACCUGCUAGUGAGGAACUCUGUUGCUGGCAUGGAUCUGAGGAAAUCCCAGCCGUCUUAAGCCCCACUUACAAGCAGAGAAAUGAAGACUUCAGAAAGCUCUUUAAGCAACUUCCAGACACGGAGCGCCUCAUUGUUGGUGAGCUAGAUUACUCGUGUGCACUCCAAAGAGACAUUCUUCUUCAGGGCCGACUCUACCUCUCUGAAAAUUGGAUCUGCUUCUACAGCAACAUCUUCCGCUGGGAAACUCUGCUGACCGUUCGUUUGAAAGACAUCUGCUCCAUGACUAAAGAAAAAACAGCUCGCCUCAUUCCCAAUGCCAUCCAAGUUUGCACUGACUCGGAAAAGCACUUUUUCACUUCAUUUGGAGCCCGGGAUAGGACAUACAUGAUGAUGUUCCGGCUCUGGCAGAAUGCUCUCCUUGAAAAACCCCUGUGUCCCAAGGAGCUCUGGCACUUCGUUCACCAGUGCUACGGGAACGAGUUGGGGCUGACCAGUGACGAUGAGGACUACGUACCCCCUGAUGACGACUUCAACACAAUGGGCUACUGUGAGGAGAUCCCUGUAGAAGAGAAUGAAGUGAAUGACAGCUCAUCCAAAAGCAGCAUAGAGACCAAGCCAGAUGCCAGUCCACAGCUGCCCAAGAAAUCCAUCACCAACAGCACGCUGACAUCCACAGGGAGCAGCGAAGCUCCCGUCUCGUUUGAUGGCCUGCCCCUGGAAGAGGAGGUGCUGGAGGGCGACGGGUCCCUGGAGAAGGAGCUCGCCAUCGACAGCAUCAUUGGGGAGAAAAUCGAGAUCAUCGCGCCUGUGAACUCCCCUUCACUGGACUUCAAUGACAAUGAGGACAUCCCCACCGAGCUCAGUGACUCUUCCGACACCCACGAUGAAGGGGAGGUCCAGGCCUUCUAUGAGGACCUGAGUGGCCGGCAGUAUGUGAACGAAGUCUUCAACUUCAGCGUGGACAAGCUCUACGACCUCCUGUUCACUGACUCGCCCUUCCAGCGGGACUUCAUGGAGCAGCGACGCUUCUCUGAUAUCAUCUUCCAUCCGUGGAAAAAGGAAGAGAAUGGAAACCAGAGUCGAGUGAUUCUUUAUACCAUCACCCUUACCAAUCCUCUGGCUCCCAAAACUGCCACUGUCAGGGAGACCCAGACCAUGUACAAGGCGAGCCAGGAGAGUGAAUGUUACGUGAUAGACGCCGAAGUCCUCACUCACGACGUGCCGUACCACGACUACUUCUAUACCAUCAACCGCUACACGCUCACCCGCGUGGCGCGGAACAAGAGUCGACUCAGGGUCUCCACAGAGCUGCGGUACCGAAAACAGCCCUGGGGGUUAGUGAAAACUUUCAUCGAGAAGAACUUCUGGAGUGGGCUGGAGGACUACUUCCGCCAUUUAGAGAGUGAGCUGACCAAAACAGAGAGCACCUACCUGGCUGAGAUGCACAGACAGUCUCCCAAAGAGAAGGCCAGCAAGCCCACAACGGUGCGGAGAAGGAAGCGUCCCCAUGCCCACCUGCGGGUGCCUCACCUGGAAGAGGUGAUGAGUCCCGUCACCACACCCACUGAUGAAGAUGUGGGCCAUAGGAUCAAGCACGUGGCAGGUGUGCCAGGUUCCACGCAGACACGGCAUAUCCCUGAGGACACUCCCAAUGGUUUCCACCUGCAGAGCGUGUCCAAGCUGCUGCUGGUUAUCAGCUGUGUUCUGGUGCUGCUGGUCAUCCUUAACAUGAUGCUCUUCUACAAACUCUGGAUGUUAGAAUACACCACCCAGACCCUCACUGCCUGGCAGGGUCUGAGGCUCCAAGAAAGGUUACCCCAAUCUCAGACAGAAUGGGCCCAGCUCUUAGAGUCCCAACAAAAGUACCACGAUACUGAGCUCCAAAAGUGGAGGGAGAUCAUCAAAUCUUCAGUGAUGCUUCUUGACCAGAUGAAGGACUCACUCAUCAAUCUUCAGAACGGCAUCAGGUCCCGUGACUACACAUCAGAAAGUGAAGAGAAGAGGAACCGCUAUCAUUGACAAGGCAGGAACAGGGGUGGCUGCAAGAGGCCUGUGCAAUACAUGUACAUAGACCAUAUAAAUAUAUAUAUAUAAAUAUAUAUAUAUACAGAAUAUAAAUAUAUAUAUAUUAUAUACAGAUUUUAAAAAGAGAUAAUGCCUCUGUACCAGGGAGAAGGAGCGGGACCGCCUCCUGUGCUGGCCAGUGGAGGGUCCGAGGAGGGCAGGGACCACCUCUCAGCGCUGACCUCCCCUGAUCCUCCUCCCCCAUCCUCUAGUCCUCGCCCUUUCCCUUGCUGGCCAUUCUUGGCUCUGAGAAGGGAAAUGUUGUUGAGCCAAAGUUAUGCCUGUGAAGACCCUGGGGUCUUGAAGUCUCAAGGGGGCAUUGCUUAAGGUGCUUCAUUCCCUAAUCCCCUUUUGAUUUGUUUCCAAAAUAAAAGAAUCUUUUCCUCCCUACUGCAUGCUUCCCCAGGUGUUCUCUUAUGAACAAGGAAGCAUUGAGGGCAGGAGCCCAAUCUAAACUACCACAUGAGGCCACCUCCUUUCUAUGGACCAUACCCCAAGAUUCAGGUGGAGAGGAUGCUGGAAAGCAAGGAAGGCGCACUUGUCGGUUUGGGCUUUGUGGCUGAAGGCUCCUGAGGACUUGUGUUCUGAAGGGUAUUCUCCUUGAUCACCCCACCCCCGCACCUUCCUCUAACUGUCUAGGGUGUGGACCCAAUAAGGGCUGGGAAUUUCUUACUUUCCCACCCCCUCUUCUCUCUGGUCUUCUCCCAGGCUGGUUCUGGGUGAAGUGUCACUUUUUAGUGCCUAAAGCCCUAUUUUUUCUCUGUGCCCUGAGAGCACAUUGUUUAUUAGCCAGGGUAGAGCAUUUUUGAUCUUGUUAAACCUCUUUUAGUGGUUAUCAGUAAGUCAGGUCUGUGGCUCUAAUUAAUUCCCUUUGAGUUUGAUUUCCAGUAUGAAUCACAGUGUUCUAGGACCUCUAGGGUUUGAGAGAGUGAAUGCCCUAGCAAUGUACAGAUUGUAGGGUCUAAGCACAGAACGCUGGGUGAGCAGUGAGCACUGAUGUCUAAGCACUCCUUUGGCUGCCAGCAUCAUUCACUCUCAGUGAAGAACCAACUUUAGUUAAGGGAGGCAACUGUCUGACGCGCUUUGCACAUGGAAGAAAACCUAAGCCUCUGGAGGGAAUGGAUUUGUCAAAGGUGCAUGGAUUUGGGCAGGAAAAAACCAAAUCAACUCUCUGCCCCAUGGGGGCUAUUCCAAAUCCUGUUUUUCAGACUUGGGAGUGGGAGUUCCAGCUGAGGGAGCAAAGCCUUUUCUGGUCUCUGGCCCUAGAGAGGUAUGAGAUCACUAGGAGUAGAAAGAAGAUCUUGGGUUCACAAAUUGAGGCAUCCAGGGCCUUUUCGGGGUCGUCUCACUAGGACCCAUGCAUUUAUCUGACCUCAUGGGGCCCUUCUGGGCACACUUAUUGUCCUUCGUACACAGAUUGCUAUUUCUCUGUAUAAUGACCAAAGGAUUCCUGCCAGUCCAGGCCAACCUUGCAGACAUUCUUGAUCAGGAAAGGAUCAUAGCCAGUUUGGCAAGGAGAGCUCUUCCGGAUCGCUUGUUCUUCUGGUGGGUCUCUUGAUGAGGGGCAGGAAAAAAAGAUUUUAUCAUAGAUCUACCCCAAAAGAAGAGCAAGUUGUUUUCUUCCCUUGGAAUGGCCUGUGCUUUAUCUUGCUUUGACAACUAAAGAAAAGUUUCUGACUUUUCAGUCUGUCUGAGAAUAUGACCUUGUUAUUGCCCUAAGGGCAGGAUGAGAACGCAAAAAGAUACAUGCCCACGUCCUCCCCCAGGUGGGAAGGAUGAGAAGGUUCCUUGGGAUCAGGUGGAAUUGAUCUCCUUCCUCUUGAAAAGGAGAUGUGAGGAAUUGGAGUCGAGUGUAAUCCAUGUGAAGGGUGUGCAUGCCCGCAGGCCAGUGGGUCACUACUCAUUCUUGUCUAAGCCUUUGAGUAGGAGACCCUGGUGAGGGUCAGGCUCCUGGGCCUCAAGCCAAAGAAGGAGGAACAGUACAGACUGCUAGAAAUUUCCCCGUUGGAGUAGCCAGAAGCCAAAAUUAUUCCCAGAAACUUUUGAAAGCAAAAAUGGUAAAAUCUCCAAUUUAUUCUGUACAUAAUUAUUUAAAUUAUUCAUUAAUUGAAGAUCCCCUGGUGAGACCUUUGGGAUGACUUAAAAAGCAUCCCUUGCUGGGGGUAAAGUAGAAGUAGACCUGGCUACCCAGAGUUCUGCCUUUGCUUUGCCUCUCAGGCCCAUCCUAGGGAGGAGAAGAUGGCAGGAAGGGGAGGUACUUAGUGUGUCUAAGGAACCCUCAUGAUUUCUGGUGAUUUGAACUCAGGAGACAACGUCUACACAUAGGGAAUGACCCUCGGCUGCCUCAUUUCCAAGAAUCAUGGAUUUCUUUUGAGUGCCGUCUGUUUUAAUCAUUUUUUGACUUUCAAACCAGCUGAAAACCAACAACUCUAUUUACUCCCAAACAGAAGCUUUUUUCCCUUAUUCAAUAACCUGUCAAAGAGAAAGGAACUCACCCUUGCAGAUAGGUCUGGGAGUGAAAAACAUAAAUAACGUGAGUUGUGAUACCUGCGAGGGGCUAUCAAAACCACCGCCUUCUAUGUUAUUUCUUCCAGCCAGUGCUUUUUUUGUUUUUGUUCACAUAAGAACUCGGGCCACGGAGGAGUUUUUCUGCAAGAAUUCAUGUGGCAAAACAUUGGAAAGCUCGCACUUAGUUUCAGAGAUUUUGCAAAGUUUCUAACCAGGUGAAGGACAGCUACAGGGUCUAUACUUCCACUCCAGCUUACUGUGGAGGAAUCUACAAGAUUGGCAUUGGAAAAGCUGGCCUUGUCUGCGACUCUGCCCUUUCCCCCUGGGACAAGGGGAUAGCAUCCUAGGCCAGCAACAUCAGCAACCUGAGGUUCUCUGUGAGAGCCCUGGGCUGAGAGGCAGGGACCUGGACCUACGUCUGGGCUCUGCUAUUGGACAAGUAUCCCACCCUCCCCCACCAGGCUUCAGUAUCCUCAUUUGUAACAGGAGGGAGUUGGGCUGGACUAUCGCUAACGUAGGUUCUAGCUUUGGGAUUGUCUUGGAGGCUAGGCCAGAGACCAUCAAGGCUGGGCUUUCUCAGACUUGGGAGGUACCCUGCCAGGAGGGAACAAGUCUUCUGAGCUAGAGCUCCCCUGGUGUUUAGAUGAGUGAUCAGGCAGUGUCUGGGUUCCCAGGAAAUCCAGAGUAGUUAAACUUUCUUCUUUAUGGGCUAGGAGGGCUCAGGAGGCCCAGCGAUAGAGGAGGAGGAGAGAGAGAUCAGGCUUGUCAUGUUGCUCAGUGUUAACCCAGGAGAGUGUUUCUUCCUUCAUUAGCCUAUCUUAGUUUGAGAAGGGGCCUUCCUUUGGACUCUGUCUAAGCUGGGAGGAGAAGUACAAUGGCAAGAAAGGCAUUAUCUUGGAUGAGCCCAUCUUCCGUCUCUAGGUUUGAAGACCUUCAUCUAUCCAUCCUUUCUUGCUAGAGGAAGCAGUGGAGAGAAGUCAUUCCUGGUCCUAGCACUUCUAUUUUGGCUCCACCCAAACCUUGUUGGGGUUUGGAUUAAGUGAAGCUUUGGCUAAAAUCCCUGGGUUGCCUUAGAACACUGACACUAACAACCUAGGAUUACAAGGAACAGGCCACCUCACGAGGAAUGCUUUGCUAGAAGUGGAUUCUUUCCAUGUCCCUAUCCUGACCUAAGCUUGGGCCAUGUCUACUACAUUUGCAGGCAGCAUCUCUAGGGUGAAAUCUUGGAGAAAGGACUAGGGGAAGAAUCUUUCUGGAUUGUUUGUGGUCUCAGAAGGAUCCUUUCUGUGCCAUACUACGCUGCUGCUUUAGCUCUGCAGGCAGCCAAAGCCAGCCCUUGCUCCCUAGGGCCCCCCCGGGAGAAACAGUGCUCUUCUCUCCCCUAGGUAGCAGGGCUGUGGUCUCCCUCCCAUCACCCCCUAACUUCACCUGCCCACUCCAGUAGGAAACUUGAGAACCUCUCUUCCUGACUCUCUUCUUCCCCACCCCUUGUCUCUAGGCUGUGGGACAAUCAUCCCAUCCACCACUUGACAUCCUUGACCCUCAUCCCCCAACCUCCAGCAGGCUGGCCCCACUCCCCUCCACCUCUGUGUUUUCUUCCAGAAGAUGUGUUUUGGGUCCAAGAGGAGAGUUUUUCUGGAAGGCCAUCUUUUAACGCCCCUGCUUACCUGAUGUGGAGCAGGAAUUUGCACAUGGUGUAGAGAGCUCCCCUUCCCACCUCUCUGCCCACCCUUGUUACCUCACUCCUGCUUCAGCCUUGGCUGUGAUGGGCCCAGCCAUUUCCCUGUUUUAGUGUUCUGUGCGACAGCUCAGGGGUCUUGGGCAUUGUUUUCUGUUGUGAUUUGAGGUCCUCAGCAGGCCUGGGAGCCCGGAUUGGAGCCUUGGCUGCUGGCGAGAAGCACCUUGCCUGUCAAGAGGAGCUGAUGUCAGACGAUCCACUGGACAUGUGAAGGCCUACAGAACAUUGUCAUCUCUGCCCCUUGGCCAUUCUUGCUUCUCUCAACACAACGAGACAUUGCAGAAUCAAAAUGGUGGCCUCUGCUCCAGGCAAGACAGUUGGCUGUCUGGGGAGUUGGCCUUGGGCUUGGGUGCCGUGUGCUGAGAUUGCAUAGUAAAAGCAACCAUUUUUGCCAACAACAGUAUGCGGCUCCCCACAGUUCCCUGUCCUGCACUCUAAGGCCAGACAACUCUCUGCAUGGACCAGACCAUCUUCCCAAACCCAUGGUGCUUCCCCACUCCUCUCCCACUCAACGUAGACUCCAAGGUGGGGAGGGAUGGGUCAGAGGCCAUAGUGGCUCCUGGAUAAUACUGACAUGGGGUGGAGUGGGGUGAGGCAGAGGGAGCAGCCCCCAACACCCACACUGGGGCCAUAUAUGGGAACGAACACAGGUUGAUUGCAGUUGAGUUGUCUGGCCAUCUGUAUUUGGAUCUGUAACUGUACUUUGCCUGGCGCUGUGCGCAAGGUCUGAAAACUUACUGCUAGUAUCUAGAAACAUAAAAGGCUUCCCAGCCAAAUCUUAAUGUAAAGUAGCUAGAGCCAUGGAAGUACAGUAUGAAUUAAAAGAAAAAAGUAUUGAACUACAAAUAAUAAA